AUGGAGAGUCUAAGUGAGCUUCAGAACCCUCUUCUGGAUAAGAACAGCAAGCAUAUGGUGAUGGCCGACUAUGGCUAUGGAGGGGACUUCCACAGCAACCAGUAUCAGGAGAACAUUAUAAACUACUUUGUGACUGGUGGAGGAGGUGGUGGUGGCGGUGGAGGUGGUGGUGGUGGGGUCGCAGUAACAGGAGGAAACGGCAAGGCGAAAUCUCAGCUACUGGACGCCACUUCGCUUCAUCUCGCGGUGGAGGCCUUUUAUAAGCCUAACUUCAUCCUUUACAAGGACGACGUGAGCGGCAAGGGCAAGGAUUACAAAAAUGAGUGCUGCGAGACCACCUUCAUGGAGAAGAAAGACAAGGAAGUUGUGGUUGAGACCCCCAGUACGGAGGACCCACAGGCUAAACUGUUGGAUGAAAAUGAUGUGAAAAUCCAGACGGUUUCUUAUGAGGUGGAGGAAGAGGAAUACGUUGAAUAUGAGACGGACUGCUCCAGUGACAGUGAAAGCGAGGACAACUUCAUCGUCAUCCCUCCUCGUGAUCACCUGGGUCUCGCUAUCUUCUCCAUGCUCUGUUGCUUCUGGCCUCUGGGCAUUGCUGCUUUCUACUUCUCUCAGGGGACCAGCAAAGCCGUGACUAAGGGAGACUUUCCAUUAGCUAGCAUCGCAUCUAGACGAGCCUUGUUCCUGGCUGCACUCUCCAUCACCAUUGGGACAGGGGUCUACGUGGGUGUAGUGGUGGCCCUCAUUGCAUAUCUGUCCAAACCAGGCCACAUCUAG